GUAGUAUGGUACCUGGUACCGGUACUCUCCCUCCCUCCUCGCUCUUCUGCUUUUGCAGCUCUGCCAGCUUUGUUUCUCAGCACUUCGCUCGAUCCAAAAGAUCCAAAGAUGACAAGCUGAUUGCCAAUGGUCACCGUUGUUCUGAUAGACGGCAGCAGUGGUAGCGGCAAGUCGACCUUGGCCAAGGCUGUUGUCGCCUCCCUUGGAUCAUCAAGUAGAAAACUGUUUCAGCAAGACGACUACUUUACAAAACCAUUCUUGCCUUAUGCGGACCGCUCUGACGUCUCGUAUGAGGAUGGGUCGGGAAUCGACUGGGUACGGCUGCUACGAGAUAUGGAAUCGAGUGCCAUCAGUGCUAGAAAAAUGGCAUCAUCCGAUGCAAGUGGCAGCAGCAUUGUCCUAGUUGUCGAAGGUCACAUGCUGGGAGAAGCUACCCAGCUCUUCUUUGACUCCUUCGGAAGUCGCGCCAACAUUGUCCUCGUCCUGAUCCAAUGUGCACAGCACGUGUGUAAAGCAAGAAGAUUGAACCGGCGUGAACGAUCGCAGGAAGAAUGGCAGGAACUAAGUCAGUACUUUGACAAAUAUGUUUCGCCUGCAUUUCAACAGUUUGGCAUCCCUUCCAUGGAAUCGUUACGACAGGCAGCUUCAUUGGCCACCCAAUGUGAUCAAACCAUCAGAAAAGUGAAAAUUGUGAAUAUAGAUACAGAACCAGAGGAUUCCCUGCAAGGCAACUUGGAAGAAAUAUUAGAGGCCCUCCAGCAAAUGGAUUGCCGUGAGAAUGAACAAGCGGAGGAAGUAGAAGCGUGGCCCUCGUUGGGCACCAACCUGCAGGGAUUUGCCCAGCAUGAAAUGCUUUCUAUUCGACAGGACUACAAUUCAAAGGCAACAAUUGAUCUUGAAUGUGUUGAAUCCUUAUCCCCGCUUGAUAUGGUGAACCUCUCCAACGGGUUUCACGAUGCCACGGGACACAGUGUGUGGAUGGGCGCGUACUUACUGUGUGAAGCCCUGGCUGCCAAUAUUAGACUUUCCACAAACGACAAUCAUUCAGUCGAAGCAAUGAAAUUCCGUCAAGUCUUUGAAUCCAAGCGGGUUUUGGAGCUCGGGAGUGGCACUGGUUUGGGGGGGCUUGCUCUUUUGAAGUCUCCUGCUGUAUGGAACACUAGGCCAGCCCAUGUUACGUUCACGGAUAAUGACCAUGAAGUUCUUUCAUUGUGUCGACGGAACUGUCAGCAAAACUGUCCUAGUAUGCAAGAAUCUUCGCUCGUGGCAUCAAAGGACUAUUCUAUUCUUCACCUCGAAUGGGGUGAAAUCAAGGCCGGAGACUGGAAUGGCGCAUCAGCGUUUGAUGUCGUCCUGGCAACUGAUUGUAUCUACGAUAUUGGGUGCCUAGAUCUCUUGCUGAGCACUGCAACACGCUGUCUCGUCCGGACAGGCUACUUCGUCUUGGCACAUGUUCCGCGAAGCUGCUUGCCGGACACUGAACCUGAUGACAGUAAUGUGGGUGAUUCGAGGAGCGACGUUGAGCCUCCUGUUGGCUAUCACGAAUCUCUGGAACGACACAUUUUGGAUACUGCGAUGAUACAUGGCUUGACAAUGUGUGCUUUGCUCCGUCCGGAUCAGAUAACCCCAGCUACCGCAGUAGGCGGGAAGGUCAUAUCACUGAAUGAGACAUCCCUGGAGGAAAUGGAAGAGGCCGGGGCUGCCAUUUUCAUUUUUCAAAAAGCUAGUCGCUGACAAGAUUGUGCAAAUCCAGUUCUCUAUCGUUAAUGCAAACAAGCUACAUGUGGCUAUCCAGGGUAUUCGCACUCCCAUACGAAGUUUCCAUACUCUGACUUGCUGCAUAAUCACUUCCUUCUUUCUGAAUAGACCACUUCAAAAGUUCCUUGUUCAUCCAACUUGAUGGUUGCCUGU